AUGACAGAAUAAGUAGAAGAAAAAAAUUUAAGACCUGCUCGCAUAUAUAAUUUUAUUAAGCAAGAUUACAUAGAUAUGAGAGAAUUGCCUAAUGUUAAGGUUUCUUCAGGAUCUUAUAGUAUUUCUACAGAAGAUAAAAAAUUAGCAAUUAAGUCUAUAAUUAUGAGAAAAAAGAGGCAAAGAGGCUACGACAGAAUUCUUUUCUAGACAUAAAAUACAGUAAGAUCAAAGGAAGAAGAAGCAGAGUUAAAGAAAGACAGACAUAGUUUUAUUAAUUACCUUAAAAGAAAAUACAAGACAUAGAUUCCUGAAGAGUUACUAGAUAAAUCAAAAUAAAUUUAAAAGUAGCAUUCAAGAGGAUGGACAAUCUCUGAUAUAAUUUAAUAUGUUGAAUAAAAAAAUUCUAAAAAAGCCAUAAAAAAAGAAUUAAAGAAGGAAGAAAAGACUAAGGACAAAAAGAAAAAAGAAAAGCAAGAAUAAGAAGAAUAGGAAAAAGAUAAUUUCAAUGAAGAUGAGUCUUUUGAGGAGUUAGCUAACAUUGAUGAUGAUAAUAUAAAUGAUGAAAGUGGUGGUGGAGACUAUGAUGACUGA